AUGACUGAACGGACCGUCGAAGAUAUAAGAUCAUCAAUUGAAAAGAAUCCAUACAUUGAUACCAACUACAAUGAUUUAAUCAACAGUUUUCAAUCAGUUGAGAAUCCAUUACAACGAGCCAAAUAUAUUCAUGAAACAUAUAAGGAUAAACUUCAAUAUUUCAGAUUAACUCAUAAUGAAUUAAACAAUUGGCUUUUGGCAAUACAUGAAAUUGAAGAUAUAAUAGAAAGAUCAAGUUUAGAAUAUGAAUUUUAUAAUUCAAUUGUGCCCGAUUAUUCAAAUGCAAAUACCAUGAAUAAUUAUCUUGAAUUUUGUAAAGAUUUAGUAACUCAAGAAAUCCUUGAUGAAGAUGAUUAUCAGAAUUUGUUUAGUAAAGUGUUAAGUAUUGGAGCUCAUGAUUAUUUAAAUGGAAAUAAAAUAUGGAUAAAUUUAUUAGAUUUUUUUAAACAGAAAUAUAUAAAUUCAAAAGAUAUUGAAGAUUUACAAGGGUUGAUAAAAUUACAUCUAAAAAGGUUAAGUUAUCCUCAUAGACAAUUAGAUGAAUCCUUUAGUGAAUUUUCAUCUUUAAUUAGUGAAUUUGAUAAUGAAAAUUAUGAUGAAAGAAUGACUAUGGCUACAAAAAUAUAUUCUAAAACCAAAUCAAAAAUCCCAUAUUAUGAAACUUACGAAAUUGCUCUAAAAAAGACCCCCGAGGAUCCUCAAUUAUGGAUAAAUUAUAUGGAAGAUGUACAUAAACAUAAUAAAGAUGAUAUGAAUGCUAUAAUUGCAAUAUUUGAACGUUCAAUUGCCAUUGAUGCUUCAUGGUGUAAUGAUUGGGAAAAAGUAUGGAUGUCUGUUAUUUAUCUUAUCUAUUCAAAUGACGAUGAAAUUGAUUUAAAUUCAUUGAAUUUUAUUUUAACUAAAUAUAUUAGAACUUUCCCAACUUCAGGACAUGCUUUUUCUGAAACUAUAAGAAAUUGUGGUACAUUAGAUACUAGAGAUGUUAUUGAAAAUUAUCAAUUUAUUAAACAUAGAAUUGAUUUAAUGGAAUUAAUGAAUAAAUGGGAUUUUCAAGAAUGGAAAUUGGUUGUACUUGCAAUUAUUCAAAUGAAAUAUCAAAGAAUUAAAUCUCAUAAUGGGUCACAAGAUGAAUUGGGGGAAUUUGUUGAUGAUUUUAUUGAUGAAUUGUUACAAUAUGCAGAGCAAGCUAUAAAAUCAAAUGAUAUUUUCCAUUCAGUUGAAAAACUUGCCAUUUCUAUCUAUUCAAAAUUAGGUGAUACAAACACUGUAUUGAGUUAUUUGAAGAUGAUGUAUGAAAAGUUUCAAAAUCAAGUGGACAUUUGGUUGUAUAUUGUGAAAUGUUAUAUUGAAUUGAAUAUCCAACCACUGAAUAUUAGACAGUUGUUUAAAAAGGCUUUAUCAUAUGCCACUGAACUAGAUUUCCCCGAGAAAUUAACUGAAGAAUGGUUGUUGUACGAACAAUUACAUGGUGAUGUUUCAUCGUUUGAAAAAGCUGUUGUAGUUUGUAAUGAGGCCAUGAAGAAAGUAGUUCAAAAACGUGAACAAGAACAAUUAAAACAAGAAGCCAAUGGAACUGGUCAAACACAAAACAAAAGAAAGAGAAAACACGACGAGAUUGAAAAAGAGCCCGAGACAAAAUCAAGAGAGAAAUGUACUGUUAAAGUUGAAGGUAUUUCAUUGGACACAACAGAAGAUCAAGUUCGUGAUUUUUUCAAAGAUUGUGGAGAAAUUGGAGAUAUUUUAUUUGUUGAGUUAGAUAAUCAUAAAGUUGCUAUAUUCGAUUUCCACAACGAACAACAAGUAUUUACAGGAUUGACUAGAACACAUAAGAAAUUACAUGGUAAUGAAAUAUUAGUUAGUAGACUACAGGAUGCAUUAUUGUUUGUUAAUAACUACCCUUCAACUUAUUCUCAAGAUGAUCUUAAAAAAUUAUUCAAUGGUAUUGGGAAAGUUGCGUCAAUUAGAUUUCCAAAUCAAACCCUGAAACGUCAAAAGAGAUUCUGUUAUUUGCAAAUGAUUUCUUCAGAAGAUGCCCAGAAAGUUAUUGACGAAUAUAAUGGCAAAACAUAUCACGAUGAAAAUCUUGAUGGUAAUUUUGCAUGGGAAAUUAAAUUAUCUAGACCAACUGAUAAACAUGACCGUACAGCUCCAAUAAGUGAAAGAAAAGUAAGAGUAUCAAAUAUCCAUAUGUAUAUAUCCAAGAAUAUUGUUCAAGAGAGGUUUGCUAAAUGUGGGGAAAUAGAAGUGAUUACUUUUCCAAAAGCUGUACACAAUGAAGUAAAUGGAAAAAUGGAGAAAAAUGGUGGUUUGGCAAUUGUUACUUAUAAAACACUCGAUGGGUUUGCAAACGCAUUGAAGUUGAAUGGAAUUAAUUUAAAAGGAAGAAAAUUGACUGUGACAAAGCAACAACGAUUGAACCCUAUGAAACCAGAAGAUUUUGAUGGUGUUAAAACCAUCGGAUUAUGUGAUUUAGAUCCCACUUUGAACUAUCUUCAAGUUAAGAAAUAUUUUGAAGAUAAAUUUGGUAAAGUAUCCAAAGUGUUGUUAUUCCCUGAAGAUAAACAAGCAUUAGUUGAAUUUGUUGAACCUGGUGAUGCUGGUAAAGUUGGUUUGAGUGAUAGUCUCCUAGAAAUUGGUAAUAGUAAAGCUAAAGUUGUAACAAAAGAAGAUAUAACCAAAAGUAACGCCACUCCUAAACCCAUUGCUACUGCUGUUCCCGCAUUAGUUCCAACAUCAAUCAGAAGACGUAAAUUGAAGUAG